AUGGCGACGCCGGCGCCACCGCGCGUGUCGCGCAACGUGUCGCUGCCGGCCGGGCGACAGCCGCCCGUCAUCGGCACACUGGCCAGGAGAACAUUAUCGGAAAGUGACCUGGAGCCGGGAGCACCCACGGCGCCUUCGGGCAGCUCCAGCAGUUCCAGCCUGUCUUCCAGGAGUAAUGAGAGCAACACCGUCGCCGCCGAGCAGCAGGCGUCCCAAUCGGAUUGGUCAGAGGAGGACGAACCUCUCGCGCAGCAGUGGUGCGACAGCAUGCCGCCGCACGUGCUCGACUCGCUGGAGCUCACCGCGAGGCUCAGGAAGCGGCAGGAGGUCAUACAUGAACUAAUCGUCUCAGAAGGUUCACACGUGCGCUGGCUGAAGGUCCUAGCUGGAGUGUUCCUCGUCCCCCUGCAGAGUCAGCCGUCCCUCCUGCCGCCGGACGAGCUUCGAGCUCUGUUCCCGAACCUGCCCGGCGUGAGGGAGAAGCACGCGAAGCUGUACGCGGACCUGCGAGCGCUGAGGAGUGAUGUUGAGAAGCCGAUUGUGGAGAUCGGGCCCGUUGCUGAUGCUAUGUUGAAUACGCUGGGUGACCCCGGCUACGCGGCCUGCCUGUCCCGGUUCUGCCGAGGGCAGCGCAUGGCCCUGGACGCGCUGCGCGAGCGGCGGCGCAAGAACAAGGAGCUGCAUCAGUUCCUGUCGAGCCGCGAGCAGCAGCCGCUGUGCGAGCGGCUGCAGCUGCGGGACCUGCUCGCCUGCGUGUGGCAGAGGUGGGUGUGGGGCGGGUCGCUAGUUGACGAAGUACACGCUGCUGCUGGAGGGCGUGGCGGCGACGGUGGUGGAGGGCGAGGAGUGCGCGGGCGCGGCGCUGGAGCGGCUGCGGCGCGCGCUGCGCGUGGCGCGCGACGUGCUGCACUGCGUCGACACCGCCGUGCGCGCCGCCGAGAACGAGCACCGACUGCGCACGAUCCAAAGCAAGCUGGAGAUCCGCGUGCCGUCGGGCCCCGAGUGGGAGGAGCUGCGCCGCCUGGAGCUGCCGCAGCACCGCCUGCGCAUGGAGGGCGAGCUCAGCAUCCGCAACGAGUCCAACAAGAAGAUACACGUGCUCGCGCUGAUGCUGGGGAGGACAGCCUGGUGCUGAUCCAGCGCGAGGGCGACAAGUUCAUGCUGAAGCCGAUCCCGCAGCCGAGCAGCGCGCAGCACCAGCAACUGUCGCCGCUCAUCAAAUGGGACAAAGUGUUGUUCCGUCCGAACGCGGCGGUGCGCAACACGUUCUUCUUGAUGAACAUCAACGGCGUGCAGAUGCACGAGCUGUCCGCCAACUCCGCCUCCGAGUACGCCAUGUGGGUGAAGAACAUCCAAGAGUCUCCGUUGGCCAAGCUGACGGAGCUGAAGCCAAACAUCACGCCCUCGCAUCAGCCCUCAAGGUCUACGGACGACUCGGGUAUCAAUGUGUCCCGAAAUCCAUCGGACGCGUCUGAGAAAUCAACAUCUACGGCGCCCAUCGAGGAGUGCGAGCGAGACAGAGCAUCCGUAGAGCGGUCUUCCGCCGAGAGGGAAAGAGACGACAAGAGCGAGCCCGUCGAAGAGAAGAAGGAUGAAGACAGAGCCUCGGUCGAUAAGGAAGAAGUCACCGAAAGAGAUGAGGGAUAUGUCGCGCGGCGUGCAGUGCGCGGCUGGUGCGGCGCCGCGGGCGUGGCGCACGUGACGGGCGUGGAGGGCGGCGCGGGCGCGCUGGAGGGCGAGGCCGCGCUCAGCGUCGCGCCGCCCGCCGCGCUGCACGCGCACACCGCCGUGCACGCAUACUCGCACCAAGAACGCCUACGUCGGUUAGACGAGAUGAUUAAGAUUUGCCUGGCGGCCAAGACGAACAUAGUGGCGGAGUUGUUGGGAGUGCCGAAACACAGCUACGCGCAGGUCGCUGACCUGGCGGUGGCAGAAUCGCUCGGAUACGUGGACGUGAACCGCGAGCUGCGUUCGUCUCGCGGCCGCCUCUCCCGCGCCGCCAGCAUACACGCCGACCCCGAGGAGGAACCCGACCUACAUCAUCUGUUACUAGCAGCGCAUACGCAAGCGACCCAGCUGACGACGGAAGUGCGUCGCGCGCUGUCGGUGAGCGAGCCCGCCGCCGUGAGCGCGCGCGUGCGCCGCCCCGCGCCCGCGCGCCGCGACACAUGCGACGCCUGCGCACACCGCGCGCACACACCCGCACCCGCACCCGCACCCACGGCGACGAGACUCGCCCCGCCUGAGCUGGCAGCAGAGUCGUCGGAAGUGGACAAGUCGGCGGCGGACAGCCCGAGCGAGCACAAGUGGCGGUCGCUGGCGGCGGCGCUGCAGGCCGACCCCGCCGUCGAGGGCGAGCUCUCCUUCGACAUGCUCUCCGACCUCGACGUCUCCGCGCCCGACGACCUCGACGCCGCCAGCGGGGAGGACGCGCCAGAUGUGUGCGUGAGCGGCGCGGAGCUGGCGGUGCGCGUGUCGGGCGCGGCGAGCGGGCUGCAGCGCGCGCUGUCGGUGCUGCUGGCGGCCAGUGCGCAGGCGCCGCGCGACGCGCUGCGCGCAGAGCUCGCCGCGCUGCGCGACGCCAACGACGCGCUGCGGGCGCGCCUGCUCGCACACGAACACCGGCCGGCUGACGAGAACUCUCUACGCGAAGAGAGCGUAGAGCCGCCUGUACAGGACCAACCAAGCAACGGAGGGUGAUCUCUCAACGAAUAAUGUACCAACGUAAAUUCGAAUUGACUUACACACGCAGACGAACCACUAACAACAGCCGAGCGUGGGGGACUACUAUCCGGCGGGUCCGAGCGAAAAAGCGCUAAGAGCGCUAAAAGCGAAAAAAGCGCAGAAUGCGAACGCUUACAAAUUCGCUCCCGGCCACGCUACUUCCUUAAAAAGCGGUCCAGCAAAGCAUUUUUACAAACGGGAUGAGAAUCAAAUAUUUUUUAUGAAUUUUAUGUUGUGUCCCCCCCUACCCCCUCACGUAAGUGAAAAGAAAAAUACGAAAAUGUAUAUUUUGUAAUAAUUAUUGUUUUUACCGUUUUAUUUUCUAUACAUAUGAAUAAAGAAAAUAUUUUAUUAGUCGGUUAGUUAUAAGAUUAUUGUAUUCCAUACGUAAGUUAACAAUGUGAUCAUUUAUGUAGGAUAUGUAUUUUUUUUUCUAUAUAUAUAUUAUAUAAACACAAUUCUCCUCUGAAAACAUAAAAAUAUCACCCUGUUACUUGCAAAUGUUUUUGUUUUUGUCUCUUCUGCUCUUAGGCAUCUGACUUGAGAGAAAGAGACAAAUAAUUUAAGUUAUAUUGUAAAUAAGUAUUGUAAGCGGUCGAGCGUUAUACAGGGUGACAAAUUUUUACCGCGAAAUUUUCGAGUCAUGUUUUUUUUGUUAGCAAUAUUUUGUUACGUGUAUAGUAAAGAGUUGUCGCAAUUUACGCUCGACUUUACACGACUGACGUCAUAACCGGUGUGAAGUUACUCGCCAGAGACAAAGUGCAAGCGAGGUUUAGAGUAGCAAGAAAUCUUGCAGAUUUUUAUCCUGUAAAGUUUUAAAGCAGUAGUUGCGGCGAGUCGCAUUGGUCUAAACACCUGGAAGUUCUGUCAUUAAUGCUGCAACAUCUAGCUAGUCUAAACUUGGCUCAGAGUGACUACAGUGUGACGUUAAGUGUCCGUGCGAAGAAGUGUAAAACAUUUCAUCCCAAGUAUUAUAUUUGACAAUAUUAUUUCGCUGCAUGGUGUGACCGUAGAGGGGACGUAGGCGAAAAAUGUAUCUCAUAUCUAUUUAUGUACUAAUUUAGUGAAAAAUUUAAUGGUUUAUCGGAAAUUUUAGUAAAUUAUUAAUUCGAUCGUAAAUCUUGCUUGUUGAAAAUAUUGACAUUAGAAAGUUACUUUUAGCUGACUCCCCGCCUACAAUAUAUCAGUUUGAAAUUAGUUUUGAUCCGUGGCGUGUCAAAGGUCAAAUUAAUGGCGAGGUCAACUUUUAUAGUCAGCUCACGUUUAAGUUUAGGGACAAAGGUCAAAAUGACAGUUCAUGGUUUCUAAAACCGAUACAGGACUCUUCUGGAUUUUUUGUAAAUUCUUCAACGAUUUCUCGAAUAAUCUAACCACGGAUCAAAUGUAACAUAGCGGUGAUAUGUAAAUUAGACCUUAUGCGUAUUGUAAUAAGAUACAUAACAGCUUGGAACGAGUGUGAAGUAGACGCGCAUAUGAGAUGUUUUCAUACAAACUAUUCACUAAUAUUGACGUAUUAAGACAUUACGAUAACGACUAGUAAUGGUUACCUCUUGUUCGACUUUAUCCUGUCUAGUAUACAGAAAAAUCAUUUUAUAUUUUAUAGACACAUUAAAACCUUUUAUGUUGGACUUUAUAUUAAAGUAUGUUAAAGUUUAUUAUUGUUCAGCUAAUCAUUUAUAUUUGAAAUUCACCUGUUUAUCAUAUUUGAUACCCUAAUGACCCACUGAUGAUACGCGACCAUAUCAGGGCUGCAAGUCGUUACGUGCUAAAUUCGAUUCCCGUGUCGGCUUAUCAAUUUCAAUGAGAGUAGUCUGAAAUUAUUUUUCCUCAGUUGAUCCCACAUUCCAUAUAAGGGCAUAUACCUCGCCUCCCUUAAUGAGAGGUACCAAGGUACUUCGCCCUACCACUAAUAAUCUUAGUUCAAUAUUUCAACUAUUUUAAUAAAUAUGUUAAAGGUUAGGGGAAACAGGGGUAAUGUUGCCAUGCAUUUCAUCUCAUUUUAUUAAUAUUUAGAUUCUUGUUAAAAAAUCGGAACAUUGGUCAUCGGCUUGACAUUAAUUUGAAUUACUUUUUUUUAGUCACAAUUAGAGUCCUCUGUUUAUUAAACUACCUUAUAAUAAAGAAAUCUUUACAAUCCCACAAAGUGGGUUCAAGAUCGUUAAUCUCGCAAAAGCUGUUGAAGUUACCCCACAAAGUGGGACACAUUUGUAUGAAAACAAGCUUGUAAAUUCACUCGUUAUGUACAUGUAGUUUGUAUGUUGAACGUAAGUAAUCCAUCGCAGUACCUUGUAUAUGCCAUAUUAAAUAGUGGUAUGUUAGGUGUAUAAGCUGUUUAAUUUAUAAUUCAUAGACAAUUACUAUAAUUAUAAGGAUUUUUUCAACUUUCACGCUUUUAUUUUAGAAAAAUAACAGUGUUUUUUAUGAAUUUCAUAAAAAAUAAAUAUUUUUAUGAACCACUCAGUAGAUCAAUUUUUAAAUAUAGAGCGUCAGUCAAAUGUUUUUAUGAAAGCUUUAGUAAAUCAAUUUCAUAAUAUAUUGGACCCUUGGACAAUAAUGAAUUAAUCAAAAUCUUUUUCAUACCAUUUUUAUUAAACUACUAUAUUGCAUUAAGGGUGAUUCCCCACCUUGUAAAUGGCUUCCACUGAGGGUGUAACCUCGUUUAUAUCUUAAACAGCUUGUACAAUAGGUAGGAAAUAUAACAAUGUAUGUAAUUGUAUAAAAAUGCCAUUCGCGACGUGUCCGCGAGUUGAGCGCACGUGUGUAUCCGCUACCUUAGGCUAGAUUGACACCAAAUGAGUAACAAUUUCGCCCCUACACAUUGUGUACGGUUUCCGGCGUGUACACUGGUUUUUGGCUAUGAAGUACUAGAUUUUGGAAACUACAGAUUAUCGAAAUUUUAUAUGGCUUUCAAUUUAUUUUUUAGCGAUGGUCCAUUUAUCCCCAAACCACCCGUGCUUCCUCUUGCAUUAUGUUCUAUAGUCAGUAUUGAUUACCAUCCAACCAAUUGCCAUUUAUUUUGACAGUACAGGAUGGCAUAGUUAAUUUUUAUGAGAAUUUGAAUCUUAUUGUAAUAAUUUUAGUGUUCAGAUUUUAUAAGCUUGUUAUUUUGGCAAUGUUCAGUAAGGUCCCGUACUUGUUAAAUCCGUGUUCACGCCGAAAACUGUUGCUUUUAUAAACGAUUUAUAUGCAAUCCGUACGGAUGUAUAGACAAAUUGAUAGAGAUCACUAUGUAUGGUUAUAUCACAAUAAAUAAAUCAAUACUGGA